AUGCAGAUCAGCGGCCUUGUAUGCCUCGUCAACAGCCUCUCCGCCCCUCACCUCUCGCCCCUCUCGUCCCCACCCACCGGCACUCCUUCAACCCCCUCCCCCUACGGCACUCCUUCACUCUCCACUCCCCGGCACUCCUUCAACCCCCUCCCCCUACGCCACUCCUUCACUCUCCACUCCCCGGCACUCCUUCAACUCCCUCCCCCUACGGCACUCCUUCAACCCCCUCCCCCUACGGCACUCCUUCACUCUCCACUCCCCGGCACUCCUUCAACCCCCUCCCCCUACGGCACUCCUUCACUCUCCACUCCCCGGCACUCCUUCACUCCGCCCCCUCAGCGAAACGAAGGUCCCGUGAUAUAA